GCCCGUCGUUGGAGUAUGGGCCCUUGAUCGAUCGAUGCGCUUGGUCCGCCUAGCAUAUUGCAAUAUUUAUGUCCGAGCUCACGCUGGGAAAAGUCUUCAAUAUACCCGCAGUCUGGCAACCUACGAUGAGAGUUCCGACGUGAUUCGCUUAGAGGUGAUGCCCGGGUCUUGGCUACUGCGCCCGACCGCUGGACAGUACUAUUAUCUAUAUCAGCCCUUUCGACUAACAGGGUGGGAAAGCCACCCUUUUACCCUGGGUUCCUGGUCGUUUGACACGGGGCCUCGAACAUCUUCAUUGCUACCGUCGGAAGCUGCGAAACACGAUCAGACAGUAGACAUCUCUCACAUUCCCCUACUUAGCGAUUCUUCUCGUACUGGAUACAGUUAUUCAGACGAGGUCUCUCAAGGAAGCAAUCAGCUAAAGCUCGUAUUCUGGAUCCGACCUUUUGAUGGUUGGACACGCUCUCUUCGCCAACAAUGUAAGGGAUGUCCAGAUCGGAAGCUGAACACAACUAUUCUCAUGGAGGGCCCCUACGGUGACGAGUUCCCAGCGUGGAAAUACGAGUCAAUCCUGUUCGUGGCUGGAGGAACGGGCAUUGCAGCAGUUGUUCCGUACAUCCAAGACCACAUUGCCCGAUCUGCCACCGCAGAUGGCGGUGCAACGCAAGUUCAAGAUAUGCACCUUAUCUGGACGACGCGGCAAGCAGCCUUUAUUCGGCAGCUUGCAACCGGUGAACUGAGUCCGGCUCUCGCUCGCAGCGAUUUUGAUGCUUCUUUCUACGUAACAUCGCCCGGGGAGUGCUACAAUGAUGAGAGACUCCAUUCUUCCGUACACGAUGAAGUACUCGAUAAAGAUCUUGAGGUUAAUAUAGGACGGCCUGAUCUUCAAUCCCGCAUCAUAUCCCAUGCACACGACGCUCAACUUCGUGGCUGUUCAUCGCUAGUCUUGGUAUGCGGGCCAUCCACCAUGGCCGAUCAGGCUCGAGAUGCGGUGUACCGUGCGAUGCGUCAGGGCUACCAAGGUAUUCGCUACGUCGAAGAAUCUUUCGCCUGGUGAGCAGAGGAUUACUACUUGUGAAGAUGGGCAUUCCUCUCGCAUGCAUGCUUUUAUUCUG